GGCCACCGCCUAAUCCACCGGCCACCGGCGGUGCCAAACCCUCUCGAGGCGAGCCCCUCGCCGGGACGCGACGCCACGCGACGCCACGCCACGCAUCCCCCCGCCACUCGGCAGCCAGCAGCCGGCCAUGGAGCCUGCGGCUAUGGACCGCAUCGCCACCCGCCUCUCCGCCGUCGAGGGCCUCUACUUCCCCUCCUCCUUCCUCUCCUCCUCCCCCGCGGCGGGCCCUCCCUCCCCGCCGCGGCGCCGGGCGGAGCUCCGCGCCCUCCUGGCCCGCGACGCGCCGCUCUUCCUCGAGCGGUACGGUUCCGCGCUCUCCGCGGGCGAGCUCGCCGCCUUCGACGCGCUCAGCCCGGACUACGAGGUCGACUGGCACCUCCGCCGCCUCCGCGCCGCCGCGGCGGGGGCGCCGCCGCCCGCGGUGCGGGUGCGGAACCGCCGCCGCGCCUACCUCGACCGCCUCGUCCGCGAGGGGGAGUACUUCUCCGAGGAGGCCAUGCGGGAGCGGGAGCCCUACCUGCACCACGAGUACCUGGGCCGCUUCCAGGACCCGCUCGGCAGGGCCAUGGCGCGGCCUGGGGAGAGGUGGUCCGAGACGCUGAUGCGCAGGGCGGAGGAGGCCGUCAUCGUGGAGAAGAUACGAGGGGAGCAGAUUAGGAGAGGGGUUGACCCCAGCGAGUGGGUGGGUGGUGGCCCUGAGGAGGCGAUGGAGGAGCAGGAGGAAGAAGAAGAAGAGGAAGACGAGGAGGAGGAGGAGGAAGAGGAAGAGGAAAAAGAAGAAGAUAUUUCGGAAGAAAAGGGGUCAGAGGUCGACAAGCCCAUUGCGACUGAGGUGGUUGCAAACGGGGCUGCAGCUGUGGACUCCAACAAUGGGGGAGGUUCUGCUGCAGGGACUUUCAACCAAACAUUAUCUUCUGAAGAAAUGCAGGAUCAGCUGGAACAAUUCACAUUUCUGAUGCAACAGAAGUUCCUGUCCGGUGAAGACACUGAGCACAUGGACUACUCUCAGAUCGAUAAUGACGAGAUGCUGGAUGACCAUUGGUCCAGGGAAGCCAACUAUGAUGCAGAGGAGAAGUAUUUCGAAGAAGAUUAGUUCACGACAGGAUGCUGUUUCAAUAUCUGAGAAUCAGUGUAGCAACAUCUGUGCUGUUCAUGUGGGAAACCUGUUAGCAUGUACAUAUAUGUAUUUGUCUUUGUCACUGCUCUUGCCUCUUGUGUCUUGUCCCUGCAGCAGUUGCAUCUCAUAACUUAAUAAUGAUCAGAGCCAGUUUAGUUUCGUGCAAA